CUUUAUUCCCCAUCAUCGUCGCACUUGUACCCGUCCCAUACUUUUCCCUCAGCAGCAGCAGCAGCAGCAAGGCGAGCUCUUGAUUAAAGGCAGCUAGCUCUUCUCUUGGUGUCAUAAUUUAUUCGUGAGCGACCAUGGCCGAUCCCUCUUCCAAAAGGACAAAUGACUCGGGGAACCGCACCCGGACUUCUGCUAGGGGCGGAGGAGGUUCCAACAAUGGGCGAGGUGGUACGUCUUCGUCAAGAGGCUCCCGUGGAAACAACAGUGGGCGCGGUGCCGGUGGUGGUCGAGCAGGGACGACCAGACGGGACGCAGACGCCGACAAGGCACCGGACCCUUCGACUGCGAUGAACAAUCUCCAACACCUCAUUCAGGACAUCAAAAACAACCCGGGACAGUCGACCGCCGAGGGCGAGUCUGAGCUGGCGAACCUCAGCAACCGGCUCGCCGCGCAGGAGGAGCAGCUCCAGGCGCAGCUUCAGCAGCAGCUCAACAUCACUUCGCCCUCGAGUCGUAUGGGACACGGCGGUCAGGCCAGCUUCAGUGCGAGGCCGGGCAAUCUUCCCAGCCUGGGUGAAGACGUCGAGCAUGGAGCGCAGAACGCAACAGGCCGCGGUGACGGCGGUGGUGGCGCCGCCCGACAAGGUGGGCCUCGGUUCGCCGGCAACGCCGCCUUUCAAAGUGCAAUCGCCCGCCACUCUGCCAACAACAACCAACAGGCUGGUCACCAGCGUCAGCCCUCUCUCCAGGAUCGGUUCGCCGAGAUGGGCUACGGCAGCGCGGCCGCUGAUGGCGAAGAGACCAUGACCGAAGACGGCGCGAGCAGCGUGGCAGACUUUAUGGGCAGUCGCCAGUUUGAUCCCACGCGCAACUUCCUGAACAGACAGAGCCAGAACACGAGCGCAUUUGACAGCCAUCGGAGGACAGAGAGCGACCUCUCGGCAUUUGCCGGCGCCCAUCGAAUGGGAGGCCACGCUCCUUCGGCCAGCCUAGGCGGCGGCGGCAACGUCUAUGCCGAGAACCUUGCAUUGCAACAGCAGAUUGAGAUGCUGCAGCUGCAACAGCAGCAGCUCCUCCAGCAAAGCCUCAACCUUGGUUCGCCUGGUCUUCCGCAGCCCGGACGAGGUGGCGGCAGGAUGGGCGCGCAUCGACGGAUACAGAGCCAUGCGCCCCAGUCUGGUCCUAUGGGCUCCUUCUCCACCAGUGGCAUGGGCUCGAUGGGCAUGGGAAGCUUCGGCGGCGGUGGUCUGGGUCAACAAGGUCAGCAGCAAGGUCAACAGCAGCAAGCUUCGCAGCAGGUCGGAUCCAACUUGCCUCGAGGCCACGGCAGGAGGCAUUCGGUCAAUGUCGUCAACAAGAAUGCCGCCGCUGCGCAGGCUUCUGCGCCGGGCAAUGGCGAAGAGGGAUCGCUGAUGCAGCCCAAUGUUGACUUCACCUUCCCGCCGUCCACGCCCCAGCAGCAGCAGCUCCUUCAGCAGUCGGCACACUCGCCCUCUGCCGGCCGUGCCCUGGGCCACUUUAGCACGCCCUCGGUCCAGCUCUCGUCCCUCUCGCCAGAGUAUCUCAUGGCCGGUGGUGGUCUUGUCAACCUCUCCUCGCUCUCCAUGGGCAAUAUCUCUGAGCUGGCUGAUGGCUUUGGUGGUGGCGGUGCAGGCAUGGGUCCAGGUGGGCGACACGGCCGGACUGGCAGUCAGAAUUGGCGCAUCAAUGGCAACCCUGGCCAGCAGCAGCCCGUCGUGACGGACCUGGCCCAGGCCCAAGCCCAGUUGGCCUCUCUCAACCAAUUCCGUAGUGCUCAAGCCGGUGCAGCGCCUGGACACGGCAAGACGCCCUCCUUUGGCGGAGGCUUCAACCCAGCCAUGAUGUCUGGCUUCCCUGGCGGCAUUCCCGGUAUGCCUCCGCAGCCACAGGGUGGUCCCGCUCAGCGCAAGGCCCUCUUCGGCUCUUACCUUCCCCAAGCCAGCCUUCCGCCGCUGCUGGCCGCCGGCAAGAUUGUCGUGGGCAUGCUCCGCGUCAACAAGCGCAACAGAUCCGACGCCUACGUCACCACCGAGGUCCUCCAGUCUGACAUUUUCAUCAGCGGCUCCAAGGACCGCAACCGUGCUCUUGACGGCGACGUUGUGGCUGUCGAGCUCCUUGACCCCACCGAGGUGUGGAGCGUCAAGAAGGAAAAGGAGGACAAGAAGAAGCGCAAGGAGGAGCAGGGCGCUCACGUCUCGCGCAAGCCAGACAAGGCAAAGGACGAUCUCGAGGUCGAGGGCUCCCAGCUCAAGCUCGUUGAGGACGAAGAGGAGCAUGACGACGGCGCGCCGCCGGCACUGGCCGGCCACGUUGUUGCCAUCAUUGAGAGGGCACCCUCGAAGCUCUUCAGCGGCACCAUUGGCCUCCUGCGCCCGUCGUCGGCCGCUACAAAAGAGAAGCAGCAGGCGGAGCGAGCUGCGAGAGAAGGAGGCGACGGCACCCAGGGCCAGAUGGAUUCUCCCCAGUCUCGACCCAAGAUCAUUUGGUUCCGUCCUUCGGACAAGCGCUGCCCGCUCGUUGCCAUUCCUGCCGACCAGGCGCCCGCCGACUUUUGGGACGACCAGGAGGCGUACAAGAACCGGCUGUUUGUCUGUUCCAUCAAGCGCUGGCCACUCACCAGUCUGCACCCGUUCGGCACCCUCAUCGAGGAGCUCGGCGUCGUGGGCAACCGAGCAGCACUGUCGAAUGCCAUCAUCAAGGAGUGCCUCAGCAUCGAAGAGACGUGGGGCGAGAAUGCGCUCAAGUGCCUGCCUGCUCUGCCUUGGUCGAUCCCCGAGCGCGAGUACGAGGUGCGAAGAGACUUCCGAGCAAACCGCGUCUUUACCAUCGACCCCGCCACAGCAAAGGAUCUCGACGAUGCCCUCAGCAUCGCACGCUUGGAAGGUGGCUUGUAUGAGAUUGGUGUCCAUAUCGCCGACGUCUCGCACUUUGUCAAGAUUGGCAGUGCGUUGGACCGCGAGGCGCGCAAGCGAGGCACGUCGACGUACAUGGUCGAAAAGGUCAUUCCCAUGCUUCCCCCUCAGCUGUGCGAGGAGCUCUGCUCGCUGGUGCCUCACGUCGAGCGGCUGGCCUACUCGGCUGUUUUCACCAUGAACAAGGACGGCCGCGUGAUCGGAACCUGGCUCGGUCGGACAAUUAUCAAGUCAUGCGCACAGCUAGCCUACGAAGAUGCACAGGCAGUCAUUGAAGGUGGCCAUCUGCCAAAGAACAAGCUUGCCGAGUCGCCAUUUCCCGCCUCUGAGCUCGAGGAGGAUAUUUUGACGCUGCAGGAUCUGGCACAGAAGAUGCGGACGAGGCGGUUCGAGAAUGGUGCUCUCCGCAUCGACAACGUCAAGCUCUCGUUCAAGCUCGACGACAACCUCAUGCCCACCGAUGCCUUCGUGCACGAGUCUCGCGAGGCCAACAAGCUCAUCGAGGAAUUCAUGCUUCUGGCCAACAUGACAGUCGCCCAGCAGAUUGCCGCGGGACUGCCGGACCUGGCCCUUCUCCGCCGCCACGAGAAGCCAUUGGAGCGUCGGCUGGAUGGCUUUGUCAACCGGGCCAAAAAGAUGGGCUACGAGGUGGACACAUCAUCGAGCGGUGCGUUGUUCAAGAGCCUGAACAAGAUCGAGGAUCCGGGGGCAAAGGAGGUGCUCGAGUCACUGGUGACGAAUGCCAUGCUGCGUGCAAAGUACUUUUGCACGGGCAUGGUCGACAUUGCCAAAUAUGCUCACUAUGCCCUCAAUGUGCCACUCUACACGCACUUUACCUCGCCCAUUCGUCGGUAUGCCGAUCUGAUGGUGCAUCGCCAGCUCGACUACGUCCUCGCAGACUCGGACAAGUUCCCCGUCGACCGCGAGGGCAUGGCCAAGAUUGCGCAGCAGUGCAACGUCAAGAGAGAUGCCGCCAAGCUCGCUCAGGAGCAGAGCGAUCACCUGUACCUCUGCCUGCUCAUCCACGAUCUGACUGUACGAUAUGGUCCCGUCGUUCGCUCGGCCACUGUCAUUGGCGUGCUCGACGCCGCCUUCGACGUCCUCGUCCCCGAGUUCGGUGUCGAGAAGCGGGUCCACGUGGACCAGAUUCCCGUCUCGCGCUCGACGUAUACCGAGGCAAGCAACACGCUGACGCUCUACUGGACCAAGGGUGUCGAGACGAUCCGGUGGCUUGCUGAGACGAGCGACGAUGCGCAUCUGCAAGCCAUUCAGGGUCUCGCCGAUCACCACGCCGGCAUGGAGAUGGCGUCGCAGAGCCACACGGCCGAGGCAGCUCUCUUUGACGACGAGGACGAUGAUGAGUUGGCCGAAGCCAAGCGCAAAGUCUAUUCGGGCGAAGAUGCGGCAGGAAGCCAGCAGAGGACAAAGAGCUUCCGAAAGACGGAGAUUGAGUCGGAAGGCGCCAAGGUCACUGCGGACGGACAUCGCAUCCAAGAGAUCCGCGAGCUCCAGAAGCUGCCUGUCGUCAUCACGGCCGAUAUGGAAAAGGCGCCGCCGAUCAUCAAGGUCUUUGCGCAGAACCCUUUUGCAUUCGAGACGGAGUGAUCUCGCCCUUUCUCCUUGCAUUAAAACCUUCGCCUGCCUUUGUCUCUCCUCUGCUCUUCUCCCCCUCUUGUAAAUAUCCUCCUUCGGUCUUUCCCCUUCAACACUUCCCAAAAAGACGGAACAAACGGCCAAAAGCACGACUUCAAUUCAGCCUACCCUCAU